UAGAGAGAGAGGGUGAGGUCUGCUUUGUCCCCUCCCCCACUACGUGAUGCAGACGAAGGUGUGUAUGUAUAUAUGAAGCUCAGAGACAACCUUUAUACAUAAAAACUUUGUAUAUGCUAAUAGUACAGUGUAGAGUAGUAAUUUUCUCUCUCCAUCUGUGCGAUGAAUAAAGCGUCUCAACCUGAGGAACGAAUGAUUUGUGUUUGUGUGUGGGUACAGACACAGUCCAGCGGAUGAUAACGAUUGAUUGCUGGUGUUGAUAAGCUCUCAUGAUUUCCUUCCUGCUGUUGGGAUCGGGAAAUUUUUGCGCCGAUUGGAUUGGAGUGGUGCCCGAAGAGAAGAACUGUGUAAAGUAGUUUGUUAGUUUUGCCGUUUCGAGCUUAAUUAGCUUUCGAUCGAUUCAUCCUGCGCUCGCACCUCUCGCCUCGCCAGUGAAUUCCUCGCUCGUCAGAGCGGCGGAGAUCAUUGAUUAAUUUGGUACCUGGGGACUGACGAAAAAGAUGAAUACCAGAGGCAGAGGCAGGAGCAGGACCAGUUUGCAGGCUGUGAAGGUGCCGGAGACGACAGAAAAAGAAAAAGUGGAAAUCCAAAGGGGUAGAAUGGUGAAUGACAAGAUGAGAAUGAUGACGAACCGUCGAGGUUCGAGUAGGGAAAGGAAGAUCGCACUGCAGCAAGAUGUUGAUAAGCUGAAGAAGAAGCUCAGACAUGAAGAAAAUGUUCAUCGAGCUUUGGAGAGGGCCUUCACCCGGCCACCGGGAGCUCUUCCUCGCCUCCCACCUUAUCUUCCCCCAGAUACACUUGAGCUUCUUGCCGAAGUCGCAGUUUUGGAGGAAGAAGUGGUUCGGCUCGAAGAAAGAGUUGUGCAUUUCAGGCAGGGGCUAUAUCAGGAAGCUGUCUACAUUUCUUCAUCGAAGAAGAACAUGGAUGGCUCUGCUGAUUUCUGCAAUCCCGAUCAAAUUACAGAUCUGAAAUCAAUGCCGGCUAAAUCAUUGCUUCAGAUGGAGUCGAAUGUGGCCGCUUUAUCAGGGAAGAAUUUGCUCUCUCUUUCAGAUGAAAAGAGGGGGAAGGAAAACCAAUCGAGUGCCAAUUCCUCGAAGAAUAAGCAGCAAUCGCCAAACUCAAAGUUAAGGCUGAAGAUCGGAUCUCCAUUAAAAAAUUCUCGCGUCGAAUGUGGAUCAGUCGAGAGGCAAAUUGAUGCUAACAAAUUACAGUUUGAAAGCAAUGUAAACAUGGAUGCUCGGAGUUCAAAAGAGAGAAAUCCCGUCAACCAUGAUGAAGUACCAGAAGUUUCCGACAACCCAAACAAAAUUUCCGAAAACAUGCUUAAAUGUUUGAUGAGCAUUUUAGUGGGAAUGACUUCUUUGUCAAUCCCAGACUCGGAGAAUCUCAAGUACACUGAGUUUAAAGAUCCUUACGGCAUAUCUUCAAAGUGUGGGAAGCUAGACAUUGGUUCGUAUAAAAACUUGUUGUCUAUUGACGCAUCCUCGAUCAAGCAAAACCAGACAACCAUAUCUAUAAUUCUAGUUCGAAGAUUAAAGUUUCUACUCGAAAAACUGGCAUCGGUUGAGCUAAAGGGCCUCAGUCAUCAAGAAAAACUUGCAUUCUGGAUAAACUUGUACAACUCGUGCAUGAUGAAUAUUCAUUUAUUUCAGGCAUUUAUUGAGUAUGGCAUUCCUGAGAGUCCUGAAAAAGUUGUUACGCUGAUGCAAAAGGCGACGAUUAAUGUUGGUGGACACAUUCUAAAUGCUAUAACGAUCGAACAUUUCAUACUGAGACUGCCUUAUCACUCGAAACAUACAUUCUCAAAGGGUGCAAAACAUGAUGAUGCGACUACACGCAGCAUGUUUAGCUUAGAACUGUCUGAACCAUUGGUGACAUUCGCACUCUCUUGCGGAAGCUGGUCCUCCCCUGCUGUGCGAGUGUACACUGCAUCUGAAGUUGAGCACGAGCUCGAAGCUGCUAAACGGGAGUACUUACAAGCCGCGAUUGGCAUUUCAACAUCGGAGAAACUUAUAUCAAUACCAAAAUUACUCGACUGGUAUCUUCUCGACUUUGCUAAGGACUUGGAGUCUCUACUCGACUGGAUAUGUCUCCAAUUGCCGUACGAACUGAGGAAAGAAUUAAUGAAGUGGCUGGAGAUGCAGAAGGAUCGACCUCUUCGACAACUGGUCCGGAUAAUGCCGUAUGAGUUCAACUUCAGAUACCUUCUGUGGAGAUGAACAAGGUUAGCUAGCUCAAAUUCUCCAUUGUUUUUCUUCAAGUUACAGCAAAAUUUUUGUAGUUGGAAUUAAGUUUGAUAUAUUAUAUAGCUAAAAUUGUAUAAUCAAUCAAUCCUUCAUGUAAAUUAUAAGGUUUGGGUUGGGUUGGGUUGGGUAUAUUAUACCCUGAAAUGUUUGGUUGGUUCCUUCGUUGAUGUAUGAAUUGAAAACUUCACUUGAUAAAUAAAAAUGG